AUGGAGCAAUUGAAUUUGAAAUUGAAAUCAACAAAGAUUACAUCUCCAUUCGAUAUGGGAAUGGAGGAUGAAGGAUUACGUCAAUCAAUUAUACAUUUACAAAGAUGGCUAUCAACAGAGAUGAAUAUAGGUACAUUGGUAUACCGUGAGAAAUUGAUAAGUCUUGUAAAAUGUUAUUUAAAGUUGGAAUCACCGUCAAACGAUGAAAUGAAUCAUUGUGAACAGUGGUUACUCAAAGAAAAGUCAAUCUCGAAAUCGAAUCAACAACUCAAAGAUAUCUUAAAUUCGCGUGAACUCAACAUUGAGUUCUUCAUCAAAAGAAAAAAAUAUCAAGAUGCUCUCUCCGUACUCUUGGAAUCUCUAACAAACUAUCCCGAGCAUCUUCAAUUUACAUUAUUAUACUUGGAUUUAUUAUUACUUCAAGAGAAAUAUAAAGAAUUCUUUGAAAUUCUAUUAUCAAAUCAAUCGAAUCAAGUUAUAAAUAAUAUCAAUGGUAAUGAAACUAGUUCUAGUUCUACAAAGAUUAUUAUUAUGAAACCAUUGGUUCAGGUGGAGAGAUUCGAACAGAGUUUGAAAUUUUGGGAGUUUCUCUACGAUCGAUUGCAUCACAAUCUGUGGUUGAACAUGAAAUCACAGUUUGACAAGGCCAAUAUUAAGAAUGGCCAUUUCGUGUCGAGUGUGCUCACCGAGGGACAUGUCGACUUUGAGGUAUUCCACUGCUUGCGAGUCGACGCUCUCGAUCGUGUCAUUCGUUUGUUGCUAUCGAAUCAUUUAAGCGAUCAGACGGCCACCCGUCUGAAAGAGGAUAUCAAGUUGCUCAAGAACCAAGUGCUGAAGCUCGAAUCGAUCGUCGCCAUGUACAGACAGUAUUCCACACCGGUAAGCAGCACACCGGCAUCGCUUCUCCACCAACAACAACAACAGGAAACCAACACCAUUAUCAAUCUCUUCAAAUCGAAAUCGUUCUACUACACCGGUAUCAUCCAAGACUAUCUCCUAUUCAACCACAACUAUGAUACAAAAUCUGGAUUUCCAUUUGAAAAUUAUAUGGAAGCAAUUUCAAUUAAAGUUGGACCAGAAGAAAAGAACUCGCUAAUUCAUAGACAGACAUAUGCUGAGAUUGCAAGACAGUUGGUAUUCUCGCUGAGACAUGCCGAUCAUAAACGAUUCUUUAUACAAUAUUUGAAGGAUAGAAAAGACGAUAUUAUGGCGGAUCACUACUUUGAGCAGUGCUCGCUUCAGAAGCAAGGUUCGAUGUUGGACGUCAAUCAUUUGGAAAAGUUUUUGAUUUCCGAUAUCGAGAGGAACGACUUUAAGUUGCUGGAGGAUGCACCGAAUGAUCUGGGCCGUUUCGUUGUGUUCUCACUCUGGCACAUCAAGCGGUCCACCAACAACUACUCGAUUGUCAUUCGUUGGAUAAGCGAGCUGUUCCAGCCAUUCAUCAGACGUCUGAACGACAUCGAGUCGACAUCGGUCGGUCUCUCGCACAUCUUGGUCUAUGUGAUCAACAUGAUUUUCGAAGCCGACGAAGCAUUAAAACAUCACACUCAAACAGCCACCAACGACUGUCGAGUAUUCGUAGAUCAAAACAUGUUGAUUCCAGCCGCUUCGAAAUCGGGAUUCAACAACAAACUCUGGCAAUCACUAGUUUACUAUUCGAAUCAACAAAAACAACAACAACAACAACAGCAACAACAACAGCAACCAUCAGAAUCAUCAUUGAAAUCAUCAAUGAUGAAAUUAAAAUCAUCAACUUCACCAUCCACCACCAACACAACAAAUUCAUCAUCACUUAAACCACCAAAAGAAAUAUUUUCAAUGACAACCAUUAAGGAGGAUCUAAAGAGUUUACUCUUGAAUGGAAAUGGUUUGAAUUUCGAUGUAUGUCACAGAAUCGCUGAAUCUCUGCCUGCAUUACUUUCGUCACAACCCGACUACAAAUCACUCGAUAUACCAUCACUUCAAAUUAAAUUUUUAACAUUAUCAUUACAAUCCAAAAAAUUAUCAAAGACAACAUUAGAUCAUAUCUACUUUGUACUUGGUGAGAAAUGGAAAGAGAAGAGAGUAUUAAAGAAUGCACUUUCAUAUUUCCUUAAAUCAGAGACACCCAAUGCAUACAUGGAGAUUGUAAAGGUUUCCAAAGAGAUUAUUAAAUUAAAUAUCAACAAUCCUGCUUUUACAAAUGAAAUAUUUCAUUCGUUGUUCCAAAAGAUUCAUGAGAACUUGAAUAAAUGUCAGAAUUUCAAUAUGACCGAUCUCGAGAAACAGAAAAUCGAUUCCACUCAAUUCUUUGAGCAAAUUCAUGAUCUCAGCGAAGAAAUACAUAUUUUAGAACAGCAGUUGGAUUUGGAUAAUAUGUCUUCGUCAUUUAAUAACAAUCGUAGCAGCAGUAGUCUUGUAUUGCCAUCACCAUACAAGCCAACAUCUGGUACUUCAACACCAGUCAACACCACACCACUUAGACUUACAAGAGGUUCUUCUUCAUCGUCUAUAACUUCCACUCCAUCGAUUGCUAGCAACAGUCCAAUUAGUGUCCGAUCACCAUUCCUCGGCAAAUCAUCGACAACCGACCGCAGAGAGAUUCAAACAUCGUUUAGAAACCAAUUGUUCUUGGAGUCGAAAGCAGCAAUGCACCAUGAUUCAUCGGCAUCUAUGACACCAACACCAGACUCGCUUCUUCUCAAUACCAAUAGCUCUACAUCAUUCGGAUCGAUUUCAUUCAAUGGUAAUAACAAUGAUUCUUCAGCGACAUUUGGUUUUAAUAGCCAACCAAAACAAUCAUUGUCAACUACCACCAGUCCAAUCAAAUUUGGCACUUCGGCAACUAAGCAACCGGUAUCAAAUAAAACAACAUCACCAACUACUGCCGCCACACCAAGCACACCACAGACUGUCAAUUUUACAAAACCACUUAAACCUGGACAAUGGCAAUGUGUUUGUUGUGAUAAGGUCAAUGAAGCAAAGCAUUCGAAUUGUGAGUUGUGUUUAAUUCCAAAUCCAGAUCCUCAACCAUUCGUCCCAGAAGUGGUAUCUCCAUCAUCCAAUCUAUCACCAGCAUUUGGCUCCACACCUACACCAGUUCCAGCAGCAACUACUUCCUCUACACCAGUUACCGCACCAGUAUUUGGAGCACCAUCAUCCACCAUGUCAUUUGGAACAUCAACCACCACAUCAGCAUUUGGAACAACAACGACCACACCAGCAUUUGGAUCAACAACCAUACCAACAUUUGGAAAUCCAACACCAACACCAAAGAAAGAGGAGACAUCAUUAUUUGGAAAUCCAACACCAGUAACAAAGAAAGAAGAGAAACCAUUAUUUGGUAAUCCAACAUCAACACCAGCCAAAACAACUGAGGAAGUCAAACCAUUAUUUGGAUCAACAGCUUCAUCUACUACUCCAAUGUUUGGAUCAACAACUUCACCAAAUACAUCAUUAUUUGGUAAUCCAACACCAGCACCAAAGAAAGAAGAGAAACCAUUAUUUGGAAACCCGACACCAGCCAAAUCAAAUGAGGAGGUGAAACCAUUAUUUGGAUCAACACCUGCCGCCACUGGAUUUACACCAUCAUCUGGUGGAUUCUCAUUCAACCCAAGUCAGGCAUCCAAGUCAUCAACACUAUUCCCAGGUGAAUCAAGUAAAGAGGAAUUGAAAGAAGGACAAUGGAAAUGUGCUUGUUGUGAGACUGUCAAUGAAGUUAAUAACAAAACAUGCAAUAUCUGUAUGGUUCCAAAUCCGACAUCAGCAAAGACCUCACCAUUAUCACUCUUUGGAAAUCCCACACCAACACCAAAGAAAGAAGAGAAACCAUCAACAACCUCAUCAACAACACCAUUAUUUGGUAACCCAACACCAGCCAAACCAACUGAGGAGGUGAAACCAUUAUUUGGAUCAACACCUGCCGCCACUGGAUUUACACCAUCAUCUGGUGGAUUCUCAUUCAAUCCAAGUCAAGCAUCCAAAUCAUCAACACUAUUCCCAGGUGAAUCAAGCAAAGAGGAAUUGAAAGAAGGACAAUGGAAAUGUGCUUGUUGUGAAAAUGUCAAUGAACUUAAUAACAAAACAUGCAAUAUCUGUAUGGUUCCAAACCCAGCAUCAGCAAAGACCGCACUCUUUGGAAACCCGACACCAGUACCAAAGAAAGAAGAGAAACUAUUAUUUGGUAACCCGACACCAGCCAAACCAACUGAGGAGGUGAAGCCAUUAUUUGGAUCAACACCAGUCGCAACUGGAUUUACACCAUCAUCUGGUGGAUUCUCAUUCAACCCAAGCCAGGCAUCCAAAUCGUCAACACUUUUCCCAGGUGAAUCAAGUAAAGAAGCGUUGAAAGAAGGACAAUGGAAAUGUGCUUGUUGUGAGAAUGUCAACGAACUGCAAAAACCUCACUCUUUGGAAAUCCAACACCAACACCCAUCGACUCCACCUGUUGAAAAGAAAGAUACAUCGUCAUUAUUUGGUAAUCCAACACCAGCACAAAAGAAAGAAGAGAAACCAUUAUUUGGAAAUCCAACACCAGCCAAACCAACUGAGGAGGUGAAACCAUUGUUUGGAUCAACACCUGCCGCCACUGGAUUUACACCAUCAUCUGGUGGAUUCUCAUUCAAUCCAAGUCAAGCAUCCAAAUCGUCAACACUAUUCCCAGGUGAAUCAAGUAAAGAGGAAUUGAAAGAAGGACAAUGGAAAUGUGCUUGUUGUGAAACUGUCAACGAAGCUAAUAACAAAACAUGCAAUAUCUGUAUGGUUCCAAAUCCAACAGCUGCAAAAACCUCACUCUUUGGAAAUCCAACACCAACACCAUCGACUCCACCUGUUGAAAAGAAAGAUAUAUCGUCAUUAUUUGGUAAUCCAACUCCACACGUGAAGAAGCCUGAUGAAAAGAAAGAAGAGAAACCAUUGUUUGGUUCGACAACACCAUCUACUUCUUCAUUCUUUGGUAAUCCAACUCCACCAGCCAAGCCUGAUGAAAAGAAAGAUGAGAAACCAUCAUCAUUAUUUGGAUCAACAACUUCUCCACCUUCAUCAUUAAUAUUUGGAAAUCCAAAUCAAUCCAAUAAUCUCUUUGCAUCACCAAGUAAUACUUCUAAUAUAUUUGGAAAACCAGGAACAACAACCGACGCUCCUAUAGUUUUCAACUUUGGUAAAGAUAGUGAUGACGAUAAUAAUAGUGAUGACGAUGACGACGAAGAGGAAGAGAGUUUCAACAAGCAGCAAGAAGAUGAGUAUACUGAUGAAGAAGCUUAUGAGAAUGGUGAUGAUGAUGAUGAAGAAGAUGACCAAGAUGAUGAAGAAGAUCAAGAUGAAGAAGAUGACUAUGAUGACCAAGAUAAUGAUUCUUAUCAAGAUCAACAAGAAGAGGAAGACGAGAGUGAAGAGGAGGAAGAUCAGCCACCAAGCUUCAUUGUUGAAGAACCAAGAGCUAAAGUCGCAGUUUCAUUCGGUAGCGUUGAUACCCCUAAUACUCCUCCAACCGGUAAUGUUUCAUCAAAACCUCAACAAUCAGUCUUUGGAAAUCCAUCAACCUCAGUUUUUGGAGGUGCUCCCACAGCUUCUACAUCUUCCGUUUUUGGUGGAUCUACUUCUGUCUUUGGCAGUCAAACUACUCCUGCAUCCAAUUCAACACCAUCAACAUCAUCCGUUUUUGGAAGCAGUGGAUCCUCUGUAUUCGGAAACAAUCAACCAACACCCGCAGCCAACACAUCUGUAUUCACCCAAAACGCUCAACCAACAGUAUUUGGUAGCACUUCUGCUUCAGUAUUUGGAGCUAAGCCCGUCACAUCGGUAUUUGGUAGCAGUCCAGCUUCCACAACACCUGCUGCCGCUUCAACAUCAUCGGUAUUUGGUACAAAUCCAACACCUUCUACCGCUCCAACAUCAUCCGUAUUUGGUGGCAGUCCAACUCCAACUAAACCAGCUGCCCCUACAUCAGUGUUUGGCAAUGCUCCUACAUCAUCUGUAUUUGGUAACCCAACUCCAUCAACACCAGCUGCCCCUACAUCAGUGUUUGGCACUGCUCCUACAUCAUCGGUAUUUGGUAAACCAGCUGCUGCACCUACAUCAGUAUUUGGUAAUCCAACUCCAACAAAACCUGCUGCUGCACCUACAUCGGUAUUUGGUACAAGUCCAACAACACCAUCUACCUCAGCAUCAUCAAUAUUUGGUAACCCAACUCCAUCAACACCCGCUGCACCAACAUCAGUAUUUGGUAACCCAACCUCACCAACACCUGCUGCAGCAUCAACAUCAUCGGUAUUUGGUAAAAGUCCAGCGACACCAUCUACUUCAGCAACAUCUGUAUUUGGAACACCAGUAUCAACAGCAAAUAUCAUGAUCAACACCACACCAAAACCAACAAUCUUGUACUCUCAAUCAGAUGAUGACAUCGAAGAAAAUAAAACAGCUUUUGGCGGUGCACCCUCUUCUGUUCUUGGAAAGCCAGUCACCUCUAUCUUUGGAAGACCAUCAACUCCUCAGACGAUCUCAAUUUUCGGUGGUGACAACAAAGCAACAGAGCCAUCCUCUGCUCCAACUUCUGUUUUCGGACCAUCGGCCUUUGACAGACCAGCCAAGAAGCCAGUCGAACCAGUCACACCAUUCCAACCUUCAAACGACGACGUCGAUUCUCAGGCAUCUCUAUUCAACGGACCUCCACCUAAAGCUCAACCUACCCCUCAGUUUACUGAAACAAAGCAACCAUCUCCACAGAAUACAUCUUCAUUGUUUGGAAGUGAUUUCUCAUCUUCAAUGACUGCUCCAUCAUCAUCAUCAAGUACACAAAGCGAUGAUGACGAUGACGAUGAUGAUAAUGUAAAGGAAGAUACUACAACCAUUUCUACACCAAUAGUUUUAACGUCCUCAUUCUCGUUUAAGCCAGCAACCUCAACAACAGAAGAGAGUAAACCAACUUCAUCUGGUGGUCUUUGGUCAAACAACAGUGGAUCAAGUUGGACAUCAUCAUCAUCACCAUUUAGUGCACCAUCAUCGACAUCGACAUCAGCAUUCAAUGCAUUCGGAUCAUCGUUUGGAACUACUUCACAAUCUAUGUUUGUGCAUCAACAACCAGCAGAAGAUACUGAAAAGGUCAAAGCUGAAGAAGUAGAGAAAACAAAAUUCUCUGAUCCAAAGAAAGGUUAUGUAUUUGGAUCUACUUUUGGUACAACUAAAUCAGAUGAAACAACUAAAUUUGCUUCUCCUGUCGUCGCACCAUCAAAAGAACAAAAACCACAAGUUAACACAGAGAAGAUUGAAGAAAAGGGAUCUGAGGUAGUUACAGAGGAUAAACCUGUUGUUGAAGAGUCAAAUAAGGUCGUUGAGAUAGAUGAAGAAAUAGCCUCACCCGAUACCACCACCACAACAACAACCAAUAAUGUAGUGUCUAAUCCAGAGACAGCAAACACUACCGAUGUCGAAGAGAACAAAGUUGAACAAGAGGUAUCUUCCACUGAUGUAUUAUCAUCACAAAACGUUAUUGUAGAAUCAGAUGAUGAUAUCGAUACUCCAGAAACAACAACUACAGAUGUAUCAUCGCACAAUGUAACCGUAGAAUCAGAUGAGGAAAUCGAUACUCCAGAAACAACAACAACUACAGAGGUAUCAUCACAUAAUGUAACUGUUGAAUCAGAUGAAGAUAUCGAUACUCCAGAGACAACUACCACUACAACCAACACUGAAGUGGGAUCAAUAGACAAAUCAAAUAUUGAACAAAGCACCAAGUUAGAACCAGAGGUACAACCACACAGUGUUAUUGUUGAAUCAGAUGAUGAUAUCGACACUCCAGAGACAACUACCACAACCACAGACACACCAUCACAUAGUGUGACCGUAGAAUCAGACGAGGAAAUCGAUACUCCAGAGACAACUACCACAACCAACACCGUUGAAGCUAACACCAAUGUAGAGCCAGAGGUUAUCACCACAGAUAUAUCAUCACACAAUGUAACUGUUGAAUCAGAUGAAGAUAUCGAUACUCCAGAGACAACUACCACUGGAGUGGAAUCAAAAGUAGAAACAAAUGUUGAAGAAAAUAUCAAAUUGGAACCAGAGGUUCAACCACACAGUGUUACUGUUGAAUCAGAUGAUGAUAUCGAUACUCCAGAGACUACCACUGUCAACACCAAUGUUGAAGAAUCAUCCAGUACAACAGUUGUAGAUCCAUCUAGUAUUGUUGCAACAACUGUCACUGUGGAAUCAGACCAAGAAGAAGAAGAUGACUCAGUCAACAUAACAGAAUCUAACGAUUCCGGUGAUUCACAAGCAAAAAAAGAAGAGAAACAAGUCGAUCCUUAUGACGAGUGUAAAGUUAAAUUUGACCCAUCGCUCUUUGUCAACACACCAGAGAAGAAACAAACCCUCCAAUCGCCACACAUUGGACUUGGAUAUGCACUCGGCGGAUUUUCAUCGCAACUUCAUAUACACCAAAAAGAUAUGUCACAUUCUCAAAACAAAUCAUUUACCGAUGACAACACCGAUAAAGAUGAACCUACCAGCUCUGAUCCAUCAUCGCUUUCAUCCGAUUAUUUACCUACAGGUGAAUUCAAUCCAUUUGUAAACUCUGGUUCAAACCUCCCAGAGACAAGUGGUGAAUCGGAAGUGAAUGGAAAUACUGAUUCCUCUUUAGAAUAA